AUGAUGGUGAUGUUUCUGCUCUUACUGUGCCUGCUGGGUCCCCCUGGUUGCUAUGGGGCAGAAGAUAUUCCACAGGACUUGAUGGUUCUUGCUGGUCCCUUGACCCAAAGUCCCAUCAAGGACCUGCAGUUUAGUCCCUCUUCCAGCCAAGAUGUCUUUGAUUGCAGCCAAGCCCUGCCUUCAGAAAUCAAACAGCACUUCCUUCAUCUUCAGAGUCUGGGGGUGACCCACUUCAAGGUGCCCCUCUCCUGGUCUCGAAUCCUCCCCACAGGAGACCCCAGCCAGCCCCAUCAGGACACAGUCAAGUGCUACAGGACCCUUCUGGAGCAGCUGACAGAGUCAGACCUGCAGCCACUGGUGGUGCUACACCACUCAGCUGUUCCACAAGACAUCAGAGACAUAUUUGGGGACUGGGACAGCGCUCACCUGCCAGAGAUCUUCAAGCAGUAUGCAGAAUUUGUGUUCUCACAGUUUGGAGACUUGGUGAAGGCCUGGAUCACCUUCAGUCACGUAGAUGAGCUGCAACAGCUCUCUGUCCUCGAAGGGGCCCUCAAUGCACAUGAUAGGGUUCAUAAACUUCUGACCUCUGUCAAAGUGUCUCCUUAUGAGAAGGUCUUGCAGAAGUUCAGCACUCAGACUCCAGCUGAGCGUGAUGAGUUCUUCCUUGCAUCGUUUCCUGAGGGCUUUCAGUGGGCUGUCUCCAGCGCAUCUUUUAAAAUGGAGGGCGGCUGGUCUGAAGACGGCAAAGGCGAGACGAUAUGGGACCAAUUUGGACACCAGGGUCAUGUACUUGAUAAACAGACUGCUGACUUGGCUUGUGACAGCUACAACAAGGUGGACUAUGAUGUGUAUCUCCUCAGAGGUCUUAACGUCAACAUCUACCAGUUCUCCAUUUCUUGGGCCAGAAUCUUCCCCUCUGGCCUCAGGGAAAGUCUGUCAGAGAAAGGAGCCCUUUAUUAUGACAAACUGAUCGACACCCUCCUUCAGUCGGGCAUAGAGCCUGUUGUCACCCUGUACCACUGGGAUCUUCCUCAGGCCCUGCAAGACAAAGGAGGCUGGGAGAGUCCCACCAUUGUGGGAGCUUUUAAAGACUUUGCCGACUACUGCUUCUCCAGAUAUGGAGACAGAGUGAAAACCUGGAACACCUUCAGCAGUCCUCAAGUGGUCAGUCACUCUGGCUAUGGCACUGGGGAGCAUGCACCAGGACUGAAGGACCCAGUGGUUGCAUCUUAUCAGGUAACUCACAAUAUUCUGAAGUCCCACGCUGAGGCCUGGCACACCUACAAUGAUAACUACAGGAAACAGCAGGGUGGGAAAGUGGGCAUUGCUCUGAACGCAGACUGGGCUGAACCUCUGGACACUACCAGUGGCUCAGUUGAGGCAGCUAAUCGCUACAUGGACUUCAUGUUGGGCUGGUUUGCUCACCCCAUAUUUGUGAAUGGAGACUAUCCAGACAGACUCAAGAGUCAGGUUGAGCUGAAGAAGACAGAGUGUCAACCCACAGAGGUAGCCAGAUUACCUGUCUUCACAGAUGCUGAAAAACAGAGGAUCAAAGGAACUUCAGAUUUCUUUGGGCUUAACCACUACACCACCCGUCUCGUAAACGACAACAUGGAAGGCUGCGUUCCAGGACCUCAUGGUGUUGGAGACUUCCAGUCCCAUGUUGACCCCACUUGGCCAAGUACUGCAUCUGACUCAAUUCACCUGGUGCCAUGGGGGCUACGCCGUUUGCUGAACUAUGUCUCAACCGAAUACACUUCUGUCAUUGGACUGCCCAUUCACAUUACUGGCAGUGGGAUUCCAACAGCUUACAGUGGAGAAGUACUCAAUGACAUUCAGCGAAUAGAGUUCUUGAGAGACUACAUCAACGAAGCACUCAAAGCUAUCCUUCAAGAUGGCAUAAGUGUGAAUACAUUCACUGUUCAGUCAUUAACGGAUGGAUUUGAAGGUCCUCAAGGAUACAGCGAGAGAUAUGGAUUGCACUAUGUACAUUUUGAAGAUCAAAACAGGCAGAGGACCCCUAAGCAAUCUGCAUAUUUCUACUCUGAAUUAAUCAAUAAUAAUGGCUUCAUUGGUAGGCAAACAGACGUACCAGGCCAGGCCAUAUACAAGAACACUCAAAUCAUUAAUAAGAGACCAUAUUUACCUCCAUCUGAAGUUCCAUCCACAUCCAAAGUGGUUUGGGAGAAAUUUUCACAUCAGUCUAUCUUCCAAAGGAAGCUUUACCAUUAUGGAACCUUCCCUGACGGUUUCCAGUGGGGCGUAUCUUCCUCGGCCUAUCAGAUAGAAGGUGCGUGGAACACGGAUGGUAAAGGGCCAAGUGUGUGGGACACUUUCACCCAACAGCCUGGCAAUAUUCCUAACAAUGACAAUGGCAAUGUGGCUUGUGACAGUUACAAUAAGGUGGAAGAUGACCUGUACAUGCUAAGGACUUUAAAAGUUAAGUCAUACAGAUUUUCCUUGUCCUGGUCAAGAAUCUUUCCUGAUGGCACCACAUCCUCUCUGAAUACUAAGGGAGUAGAAUAUUAUAAUAGUUUAAUAAAUGGUCUUCUAGCCAAUAACAUCGCUCCAAUUGUGACUCUCUACCACUGGGACCUGCCUCAAGCUUUGCAAGACAAUGGUGGAUGGAAUGAUGCCAACAUGAUCAACACCUUCAAUGACUUUUGUGACUAUUGCUUUAGCACAUUUGGGGAUAGAGUAAAAUUUUGGAUCACCAUCAACCAACCUUACACUAUUGCGUGGUCAGGUUAUGGGCUGGGCCAGAUUCCUCCCAAUAUUAAAGAUCCAGGCCAAGCCCCAUAUAAUAUUGCCCACAAUCUCUUGAAAGCCCAUGCCAAAGUAUAUCACACGUAUGAUACUAACUACAGGCCAACCCAACACGGUUUAGUGUCCAUCAGCCUCAAUGCAGAAUGGGUUGAGCCAAAAGACCCCAAUGCCCCACGAGAGGUAGAUACAGCUGAUCGAGCUCUCCAGUUCCAGCUUGGUUGGUUUGCCCAUCCCAUUUUUAAAAACGGGGACUACCCAGAGGCCAUGAAGUGGCAAGUCAGCAACAAGAGCGAACUUCAGGGUCUUGCACAAUCCAGGUUGCCAACAUUCACAGAUGAGGAAAAAGCAUCCAUUCAAGGAACUGCUGACGUGUUUUGUAUUAACUCAUACACCACCAAAAUUGUACGAUAUGUGACAACACCUCUCACUCCUCCAUCCUAUGAGACUGACCAGGACCUUGGUAAAGAGGAAGAGCCAAACUCUCCAACCACUGCUAUCCAGGGCCAAAGAGCUGUGCCAUGGGGUCUCAGACGACUCCUCAACUGGAUCAAAGAGGAAUACGCAGAUCCUGACAUCUACAUCACAGAAAAUGGCAUUGCCUCUGAUCGUGGAAUAACAGUAGAUGAUACCGAUAGAGUGUUCUUCCUUAAAACUUACAUCGAUGAGGUUUUGAAAGCUCACGACCUGGAUGGGGUGAAAGUUAAGGGCUACAGCAUUCAUUCCCUGAUGGACUCAUUUGAAUGGCUCAAUGGCUACAAUCUGGGUUUCGGCCUUCAUCACGUUGACUUCAGUGACCCCCUGCGACCAAGGACACCAAAGCGAUCUGCCCACUACUAUUCGCAAAUAAUAAUGGACAAUGGUUUUCCUGAAACAGAGGUGGAAAGAAAGUUGUACGGACAUUUUCGAGAGGGCUUCGCAUGGAGCACAUCUACAGCUGCCUAUCAGGUUGAAGGAGCCUGGAAAUCAGAUGGGAAAGGCCUCAGCAUCUGGGAUCAGUUUUCUCAUCUUCCUGGAAAGAUAUUAAAUGAUGACAAUGGAGAUGUUGCUUGCAACAGCUAUAACAAGUACCUGGAAGACGUGGAAAGGCUUAAGAGUUUAAAAGUAACCCAUUAUCGCAUGUCUAUUUCCUGGCCCAGGGUUCUGCCUGAUGGCACUACUCAAAAUAUCAAUGAGGCUGGGCUCAACUUCUACCAUCGUCUGAUCGACGCACUGCUGGCUGCUAAUAUACAACCUCAGGUGACCCUUUACCAUUGGGACCUCCCUCAAGCUCUUCAGGAUAGGGGAGGAUGGGAGAACGACUCAAUUGUUCAAUGGUUCAAAGACUAUGCAGACGUCAUGUUUAGUCGCUUAGGAGACAAAGUGAAAUUCUGGAUCACCUUUAACGAACCAUACAUUACAGCUAAUUUAGGAUAUGGCUAUGGGGUCUUUGCGCCAGGCAUUAGUGACAGACCCGGCACUGGUCCUUACAUCGCAACCCAUAACAUAAUCAAGGCCCAUGCUGAGGCCUGGCAUCUGUACAAUGAGAAAUAUCGACCUCAGCAGGGAGGGAUUAUCUCCAUAACCAUAAAUUAUGAUUGGGCAUACCCCCGCAACCCAGCCAAGCAAGAGGAUAUAGAUGCUGUAGACCGCUACCUUCAAUUUUUCCUUGGAUGGUUUGCUCAUCCGAUUUUUAAAGGGGACUAUAGUGAUGUGAUGAAGAAGGCGGUCUACGACAGGAGCCUGGCACAGGGUCUUCCCAAAUCCAGGCUUCCAGAGUUUACACCUGCCGAGAUCCAAAGGAUCAAUGGAACCCAUGACUACUUUGGAGUUAACUAUUACACAUCUGUAUUAAUAUUCCCGGUGAAUUACCCUACAGAAGAACAAAGCUACGAUGCGGACAGAGGAACUGCAAGUAUCAAGGACUGGUCCUGGUUGGAAUCUGGCUCUGCCUGGUUGAACAUCGUUCCAGAUGGUUUCAGAAGCUACCUGAGGUUCAUCAAGAAUAAUUAUGGCAACCCUCCCAUAUACGUCACUGAGAACGGCAUCUCAGAGAAAGGCCCUGUUGAUCUCAAUGACACACAUCGGAUUCACUGUUAUGAGAAUCACAUCAACCAGGCCUUGAAAGCUUACCUAAUAGAUGGCGUAGACCUGCGUGGCUACACAGCUUGGUCACUGAUGGACAACUUUGAGUGGGGUUCGGGCUAUGCGGAACGCUUUGGCCUGUUCUAUGUGAACCGCUCCGAUCCCUCUCUUCCACGCAUUCCAAAGGAGUCCACCAAGUACUACUCUACCGUCAUACGCUGCAACGGCUUCCCCGAUCCCGCUCUGGGUCCUCACGAGUGUCUCACACCCGAGUCAGGAGGAACAACCACAUCUCCUCCUACUACUGUACCCUCGGCGGUGCAGUUCCUGGGUAUGAACGUGUCCCUUCCUGACGCUACUGUGGCUCUCAACGCUCUUUUCAGCCUCACCAUCAUCGGAGCUGUUGCAGCCGCCCUCAUGACAUACAAGUGUAUCAGCGCAACCAAAAGGUCAAAAGAGUCAGCAGUUGAAAAUGUGCCCCUGGAGAACAGACUGUAAAUUAUCUUGAUCUUCAAGUUUUGUAAAUAGCAAUACUGGGGUGAAUUUCUCGAAACCAAAGUUGCUUACUACAUUAGCUACUUUGUUGCUUUCAAUGCAUUUUCCCACUGACAACUACCGAAGUUGCUAACAGGCUAACAACUUCCCUUUUGUGAAAUGCACCCCAGUACUUUGGUAGCAUUAUAGUGCACGAUUGUCAUAAUAGCCUCAUUUACAUGAGAUAUUUUAAUUCAGAAUUAUCUCAAUUUAAUUCUGAAUAAAGCUUAAUUACAAUGUCAACUUGUUCAAUGUAAACUGGACGGAAAUAUUUAAUUCUGAAUUCUGAAUUUGGAAUUUAAAAACGUCAUGUAAACGUGGUCACUGUAGUUGAAGUUGUAUUCUACAAUUUGUCCUUUAGAUGGCAGUGUAAUCAAAUUCUUCAAUAAAGGACUUACCUUAGGUCUGUGUGUAUGAAUAAAUAAUCUA